GCCGUUGGAAAAAACUAGCACAGCGCAGAAAGUCGAAGGUGGGCACGCGAGCCAUCAGCCACUUCUAGCUUCCGAGUCUGUUCACAUGUUCUUCUAAAAGCCUGCGGUUGUCGCCCAUGUAUCUUCUCUUCACACCUACUGUCACCGUCUCUGUAUAGACUAAUAGAUGCAAAUUGCAAUCUCUUUCGCCGUCUCCUUCUCUUCUGUAGACACUCAUCAAACUGGCAUCGUUGACGUGGCGUCAUGAUAUCGUCGUUGAAUCCAGUCCCCACGCUCCCCGAGCCAUUGGGGCCGCAUAAAGUCGGAACGACAGAAUGGGAAAUCCCAAUCUCAGAGAUCUCUUCGCCUUCCCUAUCGCCCGACCCUCAAAUCUCGACCAUCAAGUUCCGAAUCUUCUAUCCGACCACCUCAGAAGUAUCCUCCAAGGGCUUUGUCCCCUGGCUCCCGAAUCCGCAACGAGCAUGGAGUGAAGCCUACGCCUCCUUCUUGGGAGCGAGCCCGAGACUGUCGUUCUUUUUCGCACGCUUUCCUUUCUUCCUGAACUAUACCGACCUGCCGGCCGUGGGCGACGCACCGCUUCUUCCCCGAGAACGAACGUCCCAGUAUCCGGUGGUUGUUUUCUCGCAUGGGUUGGGAGGCAAUCUCAACACCUACAGCGCAAUAUGUACAUCUCUUGCGAGUUUCGGCAUUGUAUGUGUGGCGCCAGAACAUAGGGACGGCAGUGCUCCGAUCACAUUCAUCCGCUCCGCGGACGGCACGACAACUUCGAUCGACUACCAGAAGCACCCACACACUCCCACGCACGAGGUUCUGACCUCUCGAAACGCUCAGCUACGGAUACGGUUGUGGGAGCUGGAACAAUUAUAUACUGUGUUGAAGAGUUUGAAUGCAGGAGACAAAACAUUUACAAACUACGCUGUGGAGGAUAAGCAGGACAACUCGACUGCACAGUCAAAGUCUCCAUCAUGGAAGGACAAACUCGACCUGCGACCUGGCCGGGUAACAUGGGCAGGCCACUCCUUCGGCGCCUGUACCAUGGUCCAGUUCGUCAAGUCAGUGUACUACCACCAAUCCAUGCCCUCGCUGAAAGGCACGCCGUAUGAGAACGACCUCGACUGGCGGCCGUUGUACAAGCCAUCUUCUAACAGUGAUCUCGUCGACCAAAUCACUCCAGAGUCACCGAUUGCAUUGCUUGAUCUGUGGGCCAUGCCUCUGCGAGCCGAGCAGACAAAAUGGCUUUGGGAUAAGCCACUACCAUGCUACGAUCGGAAAGCCGAGGACACCAACAAGGCCGCUCCGAACGUGGUCGCCAUUGUGACAGCCGAGUUCUACAACCACACCGAGCUGCUCAAUCGCAUGCGGGCCGCCUUAUCGCCCGACCCUGCAGCAGCGAUGGCCAAGCUGGAGGAGCAGAGUACAAGCCACCAAGACUCACAGGAAGAGCGGCAAGAACUUACUGAGACCACUGCAUUCUCCACCGCCUUAAGCAAAACAGAAACCUCCACGCCCGAUAAUAUUGACCUUGAGUCGGACUCAUCAUCAUCAACGCCAGAUUCGUCCUCUGUCCCUAGCCGGGCUUCGUCGCCUGGGCCGGUUGUCAACAGCGAGGGCUCCACACCUGCGUCUUCUACCACCUCUAUCCCAUCCACCUCCAAUAACUCUGUGACCGAUUUGUCUUCUUCCAAGACCGCUCUCGCUCUCCCCUGGUAUCCAAAGCUGUAUCUGAUCCCCUCGAGUGCCCAUCUUUCCCAAUCCGACUUCGGCCUGCUCUUCCCCCGGCUAGUCCGGUAUCUCACCAAAGCCGAGGAUCCAGAAGAAACCAUCGCCCUGAACGUGCGGGCCAUUCUGAGCAUGAUGCGCGGCUCCGGUUUGGACGUCGAGCCGUACAAGAAACAACAACAUGCCACAAAGAACACAAAAGUGAAAGCCAAGAAGACGGCUGCUACUACCGAUGUUGGUGGAGAGAAGGAUGACAAGGACGAGGAAGAUGACAUCUUGACCGAUGGAUGUACAGAAAAACGGUUCAUCCCCGUGCCACUUGUGCAUUGAUUUGAUCAGCUUGGCUUGGCUUAGCCUGGACAAUUGGAGUCGACCAUUUUCAACGCGUCUUUUUGCGGCAUGGCAUAAAAUGUGUGCUGGCACACUGCCAUUCGGAGCAUUGAUGACACAAACGGUUUAGAAUGAGAACAAUAAAUGGCAUGAUUACUCAGCGGCGGGUGAUGAGUCUGGUGAAGGUAGGGCGUUCUUUCGGCGCGCAUAUGUGUUGUACAUCGAGGCAAAAAGCAUCGUUAUGCCUAGGUAUGUGAGACGUGGGGAAUGAAUAUGAGUUUCAGCAGCUCCUUGAAAGCGUGUACAUAUUUUCAUUUCCUUUCUUGGGCGUCUUUCAUUUCAGAGUGAAGUGUUGCUUUUGGGGUUUAUUCUUUACGAACAGCGCUGGGCCAUGGCGCAAUAGGGACAGUCCUGCCGGCGUCGGAAUGCAGAGGGUUUUGGAUGUCAAGGCCAGGCUCUUCAUCCCUUGGUAGAAUGCAAAUUUCGGCCUUCUCAGGUCUAUAGUCUUGUUUCCACUGUAUCCAGAUCCUUUGCGAUGUUCAUACUUGACCACCCAUUAGGUGUCACAUCUAUCGUCUUGGCUAGCAACAAGAUUACUUGCCCGAGACUCUCUAGAUCAAGACAAU